AUAAUGCCUAAAGGACCGACGAAAAGACCAAAGGUCAAGCGCAAUGAUCGCAGCGAUUCAGAAACCUCGGACGAGGACGAGCCCAGGCACUUCUUCGUCCCGGGAGAACGGAUCAACUCUGAGGUCUUGAGUUUCUUCCUCUUCAAUUAUGUCGAUAAGAGGCCGAAAAUCAGACCUUGUCCACAUCCCACGGAUAAAACACGCUUUGGCUUCAACGUCACUGCUCGAGACGUCUUGACCACCUUGAACCUUCGUGAUAUCCUCGCUGAUUCAAGAGAUUGGGACACAGAGCAAAGUGCUAAGUCGUUCGAACAGCGACCUUAUCGAUACCACGAGUCCGCCACGGCCAAACGGCGACUCCGUGCAGGUCCAUCAAAAGAUUCCAGCGAUCAAAGUGCUCAGCAUGCACAGACCAAGGCUACCAGUCCACCCAUUUCCAACGCUGUCCCAGCCGGGGCGUACAAUCAAUUCUCUCAGCAGCAACAGCAACAACAAUCCUCCGACUACUCGAGGCCAGGUGGUGGCUAUUUCCCCGGUACAUCGAAACCAGAGAACCCAUCCAACACGUAUAAUAUAAAUUACACUGCAGUGAACGCCCAGUAUACAGCAAACGUCCCCAGUGGUCAGCUGCCUGGCAACAGUAAUCUUUAUACCAAGCCUUAUCCAUCAACCAAUUACCCCGCUCAGAUCUCGUCCACCACUAAACAUCCAUACGACAUUCCUCCUACAUAUGAGCAGUCAACCGUAAGAGCACCACCGAGAAAACCCCAGCCGGGACAACCAGAUCCAGACGUUAUGGACCGCGAAUACGAACCAGCGAGAGCAUCACCCAUGGAAAUUCCCGGCUCGCGUCAGGGUUCUCUUGCGCCAGCAGAGGAGCAGUCCAACCGAGCCUACUCCAGCUCCAACAAUAGACCUGGUGAAUCAUACAACAGUCGAAACCCGCGUCAGUCGCAGUACGAG